AUGUUCCCGACUCGUCCCCUCGGUAUGCGCGCCACGCGCCCCUUGAUGUCUGUUCCUAAGGAGAACAUGAGCGCCCACACCAUCUCGCAACGCAUCCGCCAGCUCAAGAAGGUCCCUCCGGAGUUGAUUCCCAUUGGUGUUGUUCUUGGCGUCGCUAUCGGUGCCGCCAUUUACUCCUGCACCCACAAGCUCUUCGCUGACAAGACUCUUCGCCUGAGCCGCAAUAAACCCGAGGACCGCGCCCACUAG